GCAUAAUGCUAGUAGGCCCGCUUUCCUAGCAUGGCGUUUUUUGCAGUAUUGCAGUCAGUACUGCGCAAGAUGUUGUUGCAGCAUUGUUCUACAUAGAAGGAAAUCUCUCUUGCUUUUUAAAGGGAAUUAAAAUCAAGACACAGUAUGGCAUCUGUGGCCGCCUGGCUUCCUUUUGCUAGGGCGGCUGCGAUAGGAUGGGUUCCCAUCGCCCAGAACCCGAUGCCUGCUCCUCCUGUUUCAGGUAUGAAAGAAAAGGAGGCGGAUGAAAAAUUAAGAAUAAAUGUAAGUGGAAGAUGUUUUGAAACUUGGAGGCAUACCCUUGAAAAAUACCCGGAUACUUUAUUGGGAUCUAAUGAGAAGGAGUUCUUCUAUAAUGACGAGGCAAAGGAGUACUUUUUUGAUAGGGAUCCCGAUAUAUUUAGACAUGUACUUAAUUAUUACAGAACUGGCAGACUCCAUUAUCCAAAACACGAGUGUAUUAGCGCGUACGAAGACGAAUUGGCCUUCUUUGGUGUUAUUCCAGACAUAAUCGGCGAUUGCUGCUACGAAGACUACCGUGACAGAAAACGAGAAAAUUCCGAACGCCUUUUAGAUGAUAAAGCCUCCGAAAAGGGUGAUAUCGACCCAAGCACAAGUGUUCGGGAGAAAAUGUGGAGGGCCUUCGAGAACCCGCAUACAUCCACCUCAGCGCUCGUCUUCUAUUACGUUACGGGUGUCUUCAUUGCUGUAUCAGUAAUGGCUAACGUAGUCGAAACGAUACCUUGUGGUAUAAUGACGGGAACUAGACGAAAAUUACCUUGCGGAGAAAGAUACGAAGUAAUCUUCUUCUGUCUCGAUACCGCCAGCGUUAUGAUCUUUACGGCGGAGUAUCUUCUAAGACUGUUUGCGGCCCCAAACCGUUGCAGAUUCAUGAGAAGCGUUAUGUCAAUCAUUGACGUUGUUGCUAUUCUACCCUACUACAUAGGCCUUGGCAUAACCGAUAAUAAGGAUUUGUCAGGUGCCUUUGUCACACUCAGGGUUUUCCGAGUGUUUCGCAUCUUCAAGUUUUCAAGGCAUUCACAAGGAUUGAGAAUUUUGGGAUAUACUCUUAAGUCUUGUGCCUCAGAGUUGGGCUUUUUGCUGUUUUCACUUACGAUGGCCAUCAUCAUUUUCGCCACAGUUAUGUUCUACGCUGAGAAAAAUGUACCUAAGACGAAGUUUACUUCGAUCCCCGAAGCCUUUUGGUAUACUAUUGUCACUAUGACAACCCUUGGAUACGGUGAUAUGGUGCCGAGUACAAUAACUGGCAAGAUAGUGGGAGGAGUCUGCUCUUUGUCAGGCGUUCUCGUUAUCGCGCUUCCGGUUCCGGUUAUCGUCUCGAAUUUCAGUCGAAUCUACCACCAAAACCAGCGAGCAGAUAAGCGUAAAGCUCAAAAGAAAGCGCGUAUGGCUCGCAUAAGGAUGGCCAAGAACGCUGCUAGUUCGGCCUUCUUGACGUCCAAAAAGAAGACGGAGGAGAAAAUGGCGGCAAGGGAGAGAGGAGUUGACGUUGAAUUCGAUGGAAAAGAGGACGUUUUCGAAAUGCAACACCAUCAUCUGUUAGCCUGUCUGGAAAAGGCUACACUGAAAAGGAAACAGGGUCGAGAAUUUGGUGAUGCGGAUUUUAAUGACUUUUCAAGUCCUGUUCAAGAGCAGAUGCCCGUUAUAACUAGGCAAUCUUCAACCUCAUCAAUUGAGCAACAUUUAUUUUCCAGUUGUUGCCCUCGUUCUAGGAAAAGCAAAUACGAAAAAGGAUCACCAAUAGAGGCAGAAAUCAACGAUAUCCGAACACUGCAAGAGGGAAACCGUUAUUCUCGGACGUCAUUGAAUGCCGUUGUCGUGGCGACGCCCAGUUCUAUAACUGCGCCAUCUGGUGAACAUCCUGUCGGAACAACUACCGUAACCACUGCAAUAGUUUCCAGGACUUCUGGAAAUUCAUCUCCAGCCUCUGCAACAAGUGCUAAAAUUUCAGCACUAUGAUUGUUUUUUUUCACUACGAAAAUCUAGCUCAACAAAAAAUUUACAUUUUACGACUGUUGCCAAAUAUUUGUUUGUUUGUUUGUUUGUUUGUUUACCUUUUUCAGUUCCAUCCGUCGCUCAUGUUGGUGCUGACGAGUUGGUCAAUCGUUCAUUUAUUCGUUCAUUCAUCUACUUUUAUUUUCUCCCUUUUACUUUCAUCUUUCCUUUCUCGGUUUCAGUUAACGCCUAUCUCUAUCUAUUCUCUCGCGUCUUUUCAUUCUACUUUUCCUCCUAGUUCUAUCUAUAUCUUUCUCUGUCUGUCUAUUUGUAUGUCUCUCCCCCUUCCUCUCUCUCUCUCUCUCUCUCUUUCUCUUUAUACAUGGAUGUCAUAUUCAUGUACUUUGUAUAUAUUUAUCUCUGACCAUUUCUCUAUAUCUACUAAAUUUAUCUUUACUAAGAAUUCCUUCACUCUUUCAAUCCAUAACAUUCAACGAACAAUAUUUAAAAAAUUUUUCUCAUGUAAAUGAUCUCUUCUAAUUAUCGGAUCAAAUUUAUGUUUAUCCUAUCAUCCCUUUUAAUUCUACCUGAACUAAUAUCUGUUUUACAUUCAUUCUCUCUUGUUCAUCAAGGCAAGCAAAUGGUAUCAUACUAUAAAUCUUCACUCCGUCAACCCUCUUUUCCUCACCUUACAUCCUUUUCUUUAUAAUCUUUUUAUGUCACCUUUUUCUUAUCUACUACUUAUCCUUCUUGUAUUAUUUGAUUUAAAUCUGUUAUUUCUUUGAUCCCAAAAAAGAAGUGUAUAUAUCUACAUAUUGUAUCUCUUAAGACUUAUACAUAUUAGGAACAUUGCAAAGAAAAAGUCAUUCGAAACUCCUCACUCUAAUUCAUUUUACUUUUGAUUAUCAAUAUAAGCAAAUUAUAAAUGUAUAAAUGUUGAAAUAGAUUGAAAAACCAAAUUAAUACGAAAUAUUUAAGUAAAAAUAAAACAAAUGGAAAAUAAAGUCGGCGUAUACAAUAUACUGUAUACAUAUACGGUAUAUAUAUAUUAAUAUAUACUAUAUAUAUAUGUGUGCACGUUCAUCUAUCUUUAAUGUGCUAUUUCUCAACACUUUCUUCUUAGUUUUUCACAAAGAAAAGAGAAGGUUGUCUAGUUUUAUUGAGACUUAAAAAAGUAGUUAAAUUAGAUUAUGAACUAUUUUUUUUUUACAGAGAUUAAGUUCUAUCACCAAUUUCGUUUCCUAUUCCAUUACUUUUACUGACAAAAAUAGAUUUAGCUUUUAUUUCAUUUCCUUUUCGCUUACUUUUUUUUCUAACUUUGAUUAUAUUAUAGGCUUUCAAAUAUGUUUUCCAUAAAUUUUCAAUAAUCAGUAAGAAGACAAACGUUCCUCCCUGCUCAUUCAAUAAUAGUAUACCAGAGAGACACGAUAUUUUCAACAGGAUUGCCAAUACAAGAAAUACAAUGAACAAAAAAUAUUACUUGAAGAUUUACUCCGCAAUCUCCUAUUUCUCUUUCUCAAACGGUGGUACGGGUCAACCUGAAUGUAGUGUGGGAAUUGGUUAAAGCAGAAGAAUUGGAUUAGUUCGAUAUCUAAAGAAAAGCGGAGAGAAGAAUACAAAUAAAGAUUGUUAAUAAGAAGUGUUGAAAUGAAACAUUGGGUGAGAAUAUAUGAUAAAGCUAUCUGUUUGGUUUUUAAUUGUUUGAUAUAUUUGUUUUUAUUAAAAAGAAGAGAAAGAAAUAAAAAGAACGCAGGUUUUUUCAUGUACAAGCACAAAUUUUUUAUAGUCUUUUUUUUUAAUGCUUGCUCUAUUUCUUUUUUAUCUGCUGAAAGUUUAAGAAUAAAUUGAAAAAUAUAAGCAUUUUAUAAGAUUUUAUGCAAUUGUUUACUUUGCAAUAUAUUAUAAAAUAUAGACAGAGAAAUUGCACUUGAAGUGGCGCGUUGUAUAAAUAUAUCUGUCUAUUAAGGUGGAGAAAGCAGAGGCGUUUUCCCCUUCAAAAAAGAAAAUAAUGACCUUUUCAACGGGGAAAUUAAUAAUUUGAAAUAGUCAAAUUAUUCUUUUUCUCUCCAAAACAAUAGCUAGUUGGUUAAACGCUGGGUUGAAGUUAUCAUGUAAAUUGGCUUUCGAUGAAUGAGGAAAUCCCUAGAUUAGUAAAUGACAUUCAUGUAAAACAAGGCCACCUACCGUAACAACGUGUUAAGUGAUAGUAUAUCAAACUUAAUCCUUUUAUAUAUUAAAAGUAACUCUAUAGCCGAUAUGAAAGAUUACCACUCAC